GUGAAGGCCACACAGGAGGCAUGACAGAUGAGAAAUGUCCCCAGCUGGUGGACUACUUUGUGGUGGCGGGUCUGGACCCUGCUGGACCCUGGAAGUCCCUGGACGAAGACGGCCGGACCUCCUCCUUCCCUCCCUCCUCGUCUUCGGUGUCGGUCCGGGCAGGAGAGCCGGUGACGGACCUGGUGGUCAUCGCUCGGGGUCUCGGGGAGGAAGUACCAGAAGGUUUCACCUGCAUCGAGAAGACCCUGGGGGGUCACUCUGCUGAGCUGAGCGCCGGCCUCAUCAACAACCCGCACCUGUACCUGUGCUACCGGAGAGGGCGGGACAAACCGCCCAUACUGGACCUGGGGGUUCUAUAUGAGGGGAAGGAGCAGCUGAAACAGGGAUGGUACGUCAUCGAGACCACGCCCUACAGUCGCUCAGCCAGCCUGAGCUCUGGUGGCGCUCCCACGGCCCACCGGGUCUUCCUGACCUACCGCCGGGCUCUGGACUCACAGGGUCUGGAUACGCUGGGAGUCACUGACAUCGCCCUGCUGAUGCCUAGCAAGGGGGAGGUGGCACCGCACACCUUCUGUCGGGUUGACAAGAACCUCAACACUGGCAUGUCACAGAGGGACCAGUCAGGCCUGGCUCAGGGAUCCAAACCUCUGUGCUCUGCAGGUCUGAUCAGCCGGUACCCGGUGGAGGACCUGGAGGCGUUCCCUCUUCCCGAGUCGGUGCCGGUCUUCUGCCUGCCAAUGGGCGUCACCGUGGAGAGCUGGCCACUGAACUCCAAGUACCAGCUGCCCAUUUUCUCCACCUUCGUCCUCACAUCCGCCUCCGGAGACAAGGUUUACGGAGCUGCCAUCCAGUUCUACGAGUCCUUCUCCAGGGAGCACCUGUCGGAGCGGCAGAACAUCCGGCUCGGCCUUCUCAGCGUGGUGGACCGGCGGCCCAUCACCGGCCGCAGUCUGCAUGCCAAGAAGAGCAUCUGCGUUCUCUCCCACUGGCCGUUCUUCACAGUCUUCCAGAAGUUCCUCACCUUUAUCUACAGAUACUCCAUCUCCGGGCCGCAUGUCCUACCGCUCGAGAAACACAUCUCCAGUUUCAUGCACAACGUCCCGUUUCCUUCCCCUCAGCGUCCUCGGAUCCUCGUUCAGCUCUCACCCUACGACAACUUGCUGCUUUGCCAGCCGGUCUCCUCGCCACUUCAAAUCAGCGGAGCAAGCUUCUUGAAGCUUCUGCAGAACCUGGGUCCAGGGAACGCCUGCACACUGCUGCUGGCCGUCCUCACCGAACACAAGCUCCUGCUGCAUUCGCUGCGACCCGACGUCCUCACAUCCGUCAGCGAAGCCCUAGUCUCUAUGACCUUCCCCCUGCGCUGGCUCUGCCCCUACAUCCCUCUGUGCCCGCUGCAGAUGGCCGACGUGCUUCUGGCGCCGAUGCCCUUCAUCGUCGGCGUUCACUCCAGCUACUUCGACUUCUACGACCCGCCGCCAGAAGUCAUCUGCGUCGACCUGGACACCAACACCAUCUUCCAGUCUGAUGAUAAGAAGCAGUUGUCAUGGCGAUCGUUACCUAGGAAGCAUGGAAAGAGUCUGUUCAGCACCCUGACCAACCUCCACAGGACCCUGGAGAAGAUUUGCAGUCCCGGCCAGGAGGAGGCGACCUUGGAGUUCCUGCUAACAGACUACGACCAGAUCUACAGGCGUCAGAAGCAGCUGGAGCUGGAGAUCCAGGAGGCCUUCCUCCGCUUCAUGAGCUGCCUGCUGCGAGGAUACCGGGCCUACCUGCUGCCCAUCACGCAGGCGCCGUCCGACACCACCACCGACUGCAGCUCCCUGUUCAACCUGCAGGGGUUCCUGAAGUCUCGCGAGCGAGCCCAGCAGAAGUUCUACGUCCAGCUGACCAGGACUCAGAUGUUCACCCAGUUCAUCGAGGAAUGCUCGUUCGUCAGCGACCGACACGCCUGCCUGGAGUUCUUCGACGAAUGCGUCCAGAAGGUGGAUGUGGAGAAGCCAGAGGAGGUGAGGCUGGUGGAUCUGGAUGAGACCCACAGCGGAGAGCACACCGUCUUCAUCAUGCCGCCUGAAGAGCCGCAGGAAGCUGAUGGCUCUGAGUGCGCCGCCCACUACAGUUAUGAGACAUUCCCUACGCUGAAACCAGAACUGUUUGACCGACCGCAGGACCCGCUCCGAGUCCCGGCCAAAGGAAGCGCCCCCAACAGCCCCGCCCCACGACGCACCAAACAGGAGAUCAAGCUGGCCCAGAAACGAGCUCAGAAGUACUCUGCGGUCCCAGACAUGUGGUCCAAGUGCUUGUUGGGUCACUGUUACGGCCUCUGGUUCAUCUACCUUCCCACCUUCGUCCGGGCCGAGAGCUCCAAGGUCCGGGCCCUUCACACGGCCUACAACGUCCUCAAGCACAUGGAGACCCGGAAGGUGGUGCUGCCAGAUGAGGUGUGUUACCGCAUCCUGAUGCAGCUGUGCGGUCAGUACGGUCAGCCGGUCCUCGCCGUCAGAGUCCUGCUGGAGAUGAAGAAGGCUGGAAUCACUCCCAACACCAUUACCUACGGAUACUACAACAAGGCCGUUCUGGAGUGUAAGUGGCCAUCGACCAAUCAGGGUGGUCGUCUUCGCUGGGCUAAGCUAAGGAACGUCCUAUUGGCUGUGUCCCAGUUCAGACAGCCAAUCAAACGACGGCGGAAGAGCGGUUCUGUGGGCUCCAGAGGAGAAGCCAUGAUAGAACCUGGCCAGAAGCCCCGCCCACAGUCCGCUCUGAUUCGUCAGUCUAGCUGGAGCGGCCUGAAUGAAAGCUCCAGUCACGAGUCUCUGAGCGGGUCGCUGGUAAAGAGCUGCAGCCUGAGCAGCAUGAAGACGCCUGGCAACAAGAUCAAAGCUUGUAAGAAGUCGUCCCUCCUCCACGGUUCAGGGACGGAUGGGGACGCCGUUCUCCGUAAACCGCCGCUGGGUCGUAGAGAGGCAUCUGCUCCACCUGCAGCGCCCUCUGGAGGAGCGGUGGUGCGGCGCAGUGACGUCUGCCUCUCCACCUUCUACGCUGAGUGUGUGGAGUCGGAGCUGGACUCCAGUGGCGAUCCAGAGGAGAGAUACAGCAGGUCUGACAGAACAAGACGUUCUAGUGACAGAAACAAGGACGGCGUCGUAGAUGAGAAUUCCAACCACGUCGCGUCUCCGAGCCGAGCCGGUCUGGCAGGAAAACUGCAGCAGCUUCUAACACCAACCAGACACAGAGGGUCGGUAAGGCGAGCCGCCAGCGUUGAAAACCGCCGGUCAGGAAGAGGAGGAAGAGACGACGGAGGUAUUGGCCAGAGAGCGUCGGAUCAGAGGCAGUCCAAGAAAUCCCAAAUGGCUGAAUCUCUCCUGAGGGCAAAGGAGCGGCUGGUGAACGCCACCUCUGAGAGCUCGCUGUCUGUAGGAAGUGACCUGGACCUGACAGAGACGCCAACCUCUUCGUAUCCUCUGCGCAGGUCGUGGGACGCCAACCAGGAGGGGGCUGGGAUGGAGGUUCUGAUGUCCAGCUGCUCGCUGUGCCGCAGCUGCAAUUCGCUGGUUUACGACGAGGAGAUCAUGGCGGGCUGGACCUCUGAUGACUCCAACCUGAACUCGGCCUGCCCGUUCUGCGGCGCCUCCUUCGUCCCGUUCCUGAACGCAGAAUUCUGCGACCUGGGACCCGUCAGCAGUGCGGAGCGUUGUAACAUGAACCUGGAGGACGAGGUGGAGAGUGCUGUGAGGCCCCCUGGUGGUCAUGAGGGUUCUCUGCGACCUCACUGUAACGGACUGAGCGACGACUCCAGCUCUGAAACCAGCACCUACUCUGAGACCAGCAAGGCCACCACGGUGUCGUCGGUGGGAGCGACUCCUCAGGUGACGGUGGCCUAUCUGAGUCCUCUGGUUCUGAGAAAGGAGCUGGAGAGUCUGCUGGAGAACGAGGGCGAGUCGGUUCUGGCCCAGCCGCAGUUCCUGGACAGCCACUCCAUCAUCUUCUGGAAUCUGUUCUGGUUCUUCCAGCGACUCGGCUUGCCCAGUAACCUUUUGGAGCUGGUGCGCAGCUCACCGCUGCUCAGCCAGUUCACACAGUCUCCAGACGAAGCCUCUGAAAUCUUCCUGUCUUUGUUUGCAGUUGCGUUUGAUAAGAAGUACAAGGCGGCGUACCUGCGCCUCGGCAGCUCUCUGGGUCGGGAUGAGCUCCGCAGGAAGAAGGUUCAGCCUCCUGGUACCAAAGCCAUCGACUGCAGAAGAAGCUUCCACCCGCCGCUGGAGUGCUGAGGGUUCCCUACCCUGGGAGAGGGGACAGUGGCAGACCCAACCCCGCAGCCUCCACCUGCUUCACCUCUCCGCUGCCUCCUGGUGGAGGCCAGAGUAACGUGCGCCUUCCUUUCAUCCUCAGCAGGUCCUGAAGCGGUCGAAGAAAUCGGAUCGGAGUGUAAACCGAUCUCGGAUCGGUUCUACAGAGGAUGGAAGACGUGUUUGCACGAGAGCAGGGAUCAGCUGCAUCCCGGAUCUGAACUGGAGGUGCUGUCUUCCUGAACUGGAGUUUGAAUGGGACGUUUGUUUUCCCUACAGGGAGACUUUAAGGACUUUAUUGUCGAAACUCCUCAGAACCUGUUUGAUAACUGCGGAGUUUGUUUGGAUCGGCUGCUACAUUUUUUCCAUGAAUCUAUAUUUAGUGAUGUUUCCUGUGAAUUUUCUCCAGAGAGAUUCUUCGGUCUCUAAACAUCAACGCUUCCAGUCCUCCAGAGUUUUAGUUCCUGUCGUGGAUGCAGUUUGAGCAGCUGAUCACAGAACAUCUGUAAUUCCCUUUUGGGCUCCGUUCAGCUCAGAUAGAACAGAACCGGAUCGGCCGUCUGAUAGGCUGCAGUGAUACGCAGACUGAGAAGUGUUGUUCUCCAUUAGAGCCAAUCACUGGAAAAUUCCCAAAAGAAAAUGUAAAAUAUUGGAGCGAUUGGUUGGUUGAAUACAAGCCAGAACCCAGAAAAGGCUCUGAGUUUUUAUUAACGAGUGAGGAAGAACAACAUGCUGGUUCUGAACUCGCUUAUCUGUUUAUUUUUAAAUUUAAGACCAGAACUUUGACAUCAGAGCAAAAAUGUAUCCAUAAAUAUUCCUCGUUACUCCGGGUCGUCCGGAUCCAAACCCGAGCCGCAGGCUGAGCAUCGGAUCGGUCUCAUUCGACUUAGACUUUAGCUCCUGACCCGGUUCCUGUCGGGGAAGAUCAGGUCUGGUUUCACUGGGGGUUAAAAAUGGCUCCGGCUGUUAGGAAUGAAUGAUAUGAUGGGGAUGAGAAGUUCCAGAUGAUUCUGAUUACUGAAUGAUUUCCCAGGAAGGAUCCGGUUCUGCUUCAGCAGAACAUUUGAUCAGGAGCAUUUUCCAGGCUCUGCAUCCUGGAAGUCAUGUUCUGAGUAUAAAAUAAGAACAAAGAUCAACAACUAGACCCGAGAUAGAAGCUGAAACACGGGGAGAUCCUAAAGGACAACGAACGGAUCUAUCUGGUUCUGUCAGGCCCAAUCUUGCCAUCGGAACACCGACUCAGGAUUCCCGACCCGAACACAGGAACCCUGCCCUGACUUCCUGAACUUCCUAAACCUGUUGUAAACUGUUUCUGGGUCGGUUCUGUUCACCAGCUGUGAUUGAUAAGCUGAAGGCCAGAACUCUGCUCCGACACACAGAUGUUUAUUUAAGUUGGAUGUUUGUCUAAUUUAUAUCUGACUGUGAGUCACGUGGAACCUUAGUUUUUGUUUUGUAAGAAAACAUCAAUAAAAGACG